AUGGAUCCUCCAUGUGAUAAUGAUGGGUAUGCACCAGCAUCACCAAGAACAGAAGGUGAUGAAGAGUAUGAGAUGGUGGAUAGAAACAAUGGUCCUACAUCGUCUGGUCUGAGACGAAGAAAAACUUGGAGUGCUCAAAAUGAAACAGAUAGAGAAACAGCUAGGUUGUUAGAGAGCCUUCCUAGCAGGCAAUUAGAAUCUUUAGCCACGACAUUAGGUAAAGAUACCAUACAUUUUAAACAUAGAAGAAUGAAGUCCUUCCAUGGAGGAUCUGGUGUUGAUCCAUCAAAUGAAAUAGCUGAUGCUAUGACUAAUGAUCCACAGUUUGCUGAAAAGACAGAAGAUGAAAUAGAAGAAAUGUUAAAAGGAAUGACCACUACUUUAUCAAGUAAAAGAGUGAUCAUGCAUAAAGUCAGUUCUAGAAGAAAGCGUGGUGUAGGACGUUUUACAAGAUUUAAAUAUAAUGUAGCAAUGAAUUGGCAACAUUUUAAGUAUAGUGUAGCUGAAGUGAUGUAUUCACUAGAGUUAUGGAAAUCACAUCUAAAACUAAUUGAAGGUCAUUUUGGUACAGGGGUCACUUCAUACUUCUUAUUUUUAAAAUGGUUAUUUUUGAUCAAUAUUCCUGUGUUUUUGUUGACAUUAGGGUUUGUAGUAUUACCACAAGUACUAUAUAGAUGGUUAAAACAAGAUCCACCAGGUUAUAUUGAGCCUAGUGAAAAUAGUACUUAUGUGUCAUUUACUGGUAUUGAACUACUUACAGGACAGGGUUGGUUUGAAAAUACUGAGCUAUAUUAUGGUUUCUAUACAAACAGAACAAUUAAUUUGAUUGGUAACCAUAAUUAUGAGAUGAAAUAUGCUUAUCUAUUUACUUGUGGUGGAUAUUAUUUAUUAUGUUUGAUAAUACUAGCUACAAGUAUAUUACAAUCCUAUAGAAAGUAUUAUAUAGAAGGCAGUGGGGAUAUCAAUUUCUAUUAUAUAAGUAAAGUUUUCAAUGGUUGGGAUUAUGGAAUCACAUCGGUAGAAGCAGCUAGAUUAAAACACAAGAGUCUGUUUUUAGAAUUAUCGGAAUAUUUAGCGGGUUUUAAAGGAAAGAAAGAGAAGACAUUAUCAGCUAAAUGUCAAUUAUUUAUGAUAAGAUUAUGUACUAAUAUAGCAGUACUUGGUUUAAUUGGUGCUUCAGGAUAUCUUAUAUAUUAUCUUUCUUCUAUCAUCAGAAGGAUUGAGAUACCAUAUUUAAUAGAUGUUUUAGCUAUACCAUUGUGUAUAACUGGUGUACAUUUAAUAUUACCAAUAUUAUUUCACCUGUUAGAGAGACUAGAAUGUUACGUUAAACCCAAAACAGAACUUUAUAUCCAUAUGAUCAGAACAAUGACAUUAAAAGGAGUAACUUUGAUAGUUUUAGUUAAUUUUUGGUUUACAGAAUUAUCUAAAGACAGUACUUUGUGUUGGGAAACUUAUGUUGGUGAAGAAAUCUACAGAUUAGUUAUUGUAGAUUUCAUUUUUACACUUCUGGUUACUUUUCUCUUUGAAUUUAUGAGAAGGAUCGUUGCAAACUAUUGCAUAAAAUCAUUAUCAGUAGCAGAAUUUAACAUUGGUAGAAAUACUAUGGAUCUUAUUUAUUCGCAGACAUUAUGUUGGCUGGGUACAUUUUAUUGUCCACUUCUAUCAUGUAUAGUACUGAUAAAACUUGUUAUUAUAUUCUACGUAAAGAGGGUCAGUGUCAUACAGAAUUGUCAACCAUCAAUGAGACCAUGGAGAGCUGCCAGAUCACAUACAAUAUUUCUGGGUUUUCUAUUUUCUUUCUUUUUAUUAACAACUGUAGCUGUAGCAUGUGGUAUUAUAUUUGUGGAGCCAAGUGAUAAUUGUGGUCCUUAUAAAGGUCAGAAUCAGACUUACCAAGUUGUAACAGAGCUAAUAGAUUCCUGGAAAGAUGAUUAUACCUGGUUAACUUACACCAUAGAAUUUAUCUCAUCACCAGGCUUUAUAGCAGCUGUUGUUAUAAUAUUGGGAAUGGGAACAUAUUAUUUAAGAUUAGUUAUGAUUGGACAUAAACAAAUGGUCACAUUGUUAGAACAGCAACUUACAUUGGAAGGAAAGGAUAAAAACUUUUUGUUAAAAUUACUACAAGAUGUUAAUAAGAAAAAUAAAGAUAAAAAGAAGACGUCACGUCCUCUGACUGCUACGUCUUAUUUAAGUGAUGAUACAGUUACAUCACCAGGAGGAAGGACAUUUAUUCGUCAAGUAGCUGAGGCGUCAUCAAGAACUGGAUUGUGAGAGUUGAUAGAUGAGAUAUAGAAUUCCAGUAUUAUAUUAUAAUGUAUAUACAAGACAAUGAUAUAUAAACGAGCAACUUACAGAUCUUAAUGUUACUAAAAAAUUGUUAAAAUAAUGUUUUAAACAAAAUUAAAGAGCGUCUUUGCGCUUGCCUCAAUACAGUUAUUGACAAUUUUUGUAUUUACUCUUAUUAAUAGCCUUUUUCCUCUUUUGUGAUAUAAUAAAAAACAUUUGAUGGUCUCUGUGGAAAUGUUAGUUUACAGAAAUCAAAAAGGAAAAGAUUGUUCAGAUGCCUGCUUAUUUCAUGAAUUCUUCUAUAUAAAAUGUGUUAGUAAUUCAAUAUCAUUUACCUUACAGAAAUUAUUCCAUUAUGAAUAUAAUUUUCUACAAAAUAUAGCAUUUUAAUACGCAAUAUUAUAAUUUUAAUAUUUCAAGUUAAAUGUGUGCCUUAUUUUAUAAUGACUUAUAAUUUAUUUUACAUACAAUAUAUUUUAUAACUUUGUUUUUAUAUUUAUGUUCUUGUGAAACUGACCAUUGCAAAAAAUAAUGGAGAUAAAGAGUG